UACAAACCAUUUUGUAUGACGCAGGCAACCGUUGAAAGAGGACAGACAUUUUCUGGUGUCUGAUACCGAACCGAAAUAGAAGAGGAAACUGUGAGCGGUACUGUACCAGAACCGGCUUUUGAAGAAUAAAAGAAAAGGAUGAAUAUGUAAAUGGACUGUACCGAAUUUUGUGGUUGUAUAUUAUCCGAAAUUCGGUCGAAACUGCUUUAAAGAUACGACUCGAAGAUGUCGGCCGAAGCCGCGAGAGAAGACGCCUGUCGAGAGUAUCAGUCGUCUCUGGAAGACUUGACUUUCAACAGCAAACCGCACAUCAACAUGCUGACCAUCCUCGCUGAAGAAAAUCUGCACUUCUCCGAGGAUAUCGUCGCUAUAAUUGAAGCACAAAUUGCCAAGGCGCCUCCUGCUGAGAAGCUUCCUGUUUUGUACUUAGUGGAUUCCAUAGUGAAGAAUGUUGGAGGACAGUACCUUGAAGUGUUUACUAAAAACCUAAUCCCUUCCUUUAUAUGUGUGUUUGAGAAGGUGGAUGAAAACACUAGAAAAUGUCUUUUCAAAUUGCGUUCCACCUGGGAUGAAAUUUUCCCCUUGAAGAAGCUAUACGCUUUAGACGUUCGUGUGAACGCAGUAGAUCCUGCUUGGCCUAUUAAGCCUUUACCACCAAAUGUGAAUGCCAGCAUUCAUGUCAACCCCAAAUUCUUAAAGCCGACUGAAGAGCUAGCUCCUCAUCCUACAAUCAGUGAGAAGAACUUGGCAGAGGAACAGAUAAUAAGGCAACAGUUGCUUGCUAAGCAAAAACAGUUGUUAGAACUUCAGCAGAAGAAGAUAGAGCUUGAACUUGAACAAACAAAAGCGCAACUGGCGGCCAGUACAAGCCACCCACCUCAGAGUGUUCCAGGCCAGUUUGAGUCACCUGCUGUGAGUCAGCCAGCUCCUACCCAACACAAGUCAUGGUCUCAACCACCAGCAGACAAGCCAUCAAACAGAGAUCCCAGAUUAAACAGAGCUUCUGCCUCAUCUGUAAAUACAAAGGAACAAGGGCCAUUCAGGAAGGAGAGCCAAGUCACACGACCUGUUGUCAAUGUACCUGAAAGGAGAGCACCUGUACCUCCAGAAAGGCCGAGUAAACUAAUGAGAAUACCAAAAAAAGAUACCUCUGCAACUGAUGAAAAAGCAAAAUCCAAGUCAGUGUCACCAUUAAACAAAGGAGUCCUUCACAAAAGCAAAGACUCUGAGCCUGAGCACCCAAAGACAUUAGAUGUUAAUAAAAAGGAUCCAAGGUUGCGAAAGCAGAUGCAUGAGAAGGCCGAUCUGAAAGAGGAAGAAGUCAAAGAAAAGAAAAGAAGUACAGAGAGGAAGGAACGGGAAGAUGUUGGCAAAGGCGCUGAGCUGCAGAGAUCCAGCAACUCUAGAGGCAGGCUAGUAAAUGGGUCUCUGAGUAAGCAUGACCGAUUUGAUUCUUUUCAAAAACAAGAUCUUAAACCCAGUAAAACAAACAUCAGGAAACGGUCUCGGUCUAGAUCUCGUUCUCCAUCUCAGCACUCUCCUAAAAGAAAAGAUAGGCGGUCCCCAAAGAGAAGAACAAGGAGCAUCACUCCACCUCAGAAAUCAUCCGUAAAGACUCGGCAGUUAAGCAAACAUAAUGAAGAUGAUCACCAACAAGCAAAUGUCAGGGAGGAUCGGAAUGUACCAAAGAAGAACCUUCCCGAGCCAAGGCGGUUAAAAAGACUGCUGGAAGAUAGAAUUCCUGAGCACAGAGAUGUCCAGCUGCAGAGGGUGUCCCCUGCAGAACAUAAAAGUACAAAAGACAUCAAGAGAUGGAGGAGUGGAUGGGAAGAAAGUAAGCUUCUCAAACAACCUGACCCAGAUCUCUCGCAUGGCAAACCUGGUCCACAAAGGCAUAAAGCGUGGAACAGUUAUCAGAGAUCUCCGACAUCACGGGCACCAAAACCGCACCGUCUGAGUGUCGACGCCAACCUGCAGAUUCCAGAUGUGCUUAAUUCCGCCAGCAAGAGAGAGAUUUUACUAAAGGCUAGCCAGCGAUUGGCUGAUGGAGAGCUAUCCCAGGAAGAAUUCCUCAACGUGGCCCAUCAAAUCAAGCAGGUAUUUCAGUACCAAGAAGAAAGACAGCGCUCUGAUUCUUGGGAGGGACCGAAUGAUGAUGGUGUGUGCACGAGAAAGAAACCCCAUGGACACAUGUCUGUUGCUGAGCUCUCUUAUUUGGAGCACAAAUCGAAGCUGAAAAGAACACAGUUGCAACGCCCAGCUCUUCUAUUUCAUCGGAGCUCACCAUCAAGAGAGAACGUGCAACAUCAUAGGCCUCAACAAGAGCACGAUGAUCCAUUCACCUCAGAUGCACUCAAAAAGGGCGGUGAAGCCUUUAAGCCUUUCUCAGGGCCCGAUGACCCUAGAAGAAACGACAGACCACCAUCUCGAACAGGACACUCCUUCAGAAAUUCCCCAAGUCCGGUCGGUUGUGAUGGAAACACUGGAAAAUCUUCAAGUUUGCCAUUUGAAGGAUCAGCACAAUCCAUGGACAUGGAUCAACUUGAGGAUGGAGAUAUCAGUCCCAGGUUCGAGAGUCCUAACAGUGUUCAUUCCGAUACAGGUCCAGACAAUGACGCUCCACUAGGUUUAGAUGCUCCUUCAAGGCAUGAAAUGAUGCCUGGACCAGGGCCAGGGAGAGGUGGCCGAAACCUUAAUGAAUCUCCUGGCCAAACACCGCCUCAUGCAUCUGAAGGGCCUAGCAUACAGAUAAAUAUGCCAAGACAUGAUGGAGCAAACGUUCCACCACGAUUUGAUGGCCAUACGAGUUCCCAUUCUCAGUUUGAAGGAACACAUGGCCUCGUAGGACAGCCACGACCAGAGGGUCCAUCCAGACCUCAUCCUCCAGGGAGAUAUGACGGAAAUGCAGGUCCAGGGAGAUACGACGGUCUGGGUGCUCAUGGUCCACCUAGGUUUGAGGGGCACGGUCGAUAUGAUGGUCCUGGACAACACAGAUUUGAAAGACCCCCACUGCUGAAAGGGCCUGGAAGAUAUGAUAACCAGUCAGUGCCACACGGACCAAUGAGGUAUACAGAGCCUCAUGGCCGAUUCGAAGGGCCAGGAUCAGGCCGUUUUGAUGGUCCAAUGGGACAUCAAGGUCCUGUAAGAUUUGAUGGCCCAGGACCUAUACGGUACAACAGUCCAAUGCAGCCAAAUAGGUUUGAUGGCCCCUCAAGGUUUGAGAAUCCCCAUGUACCACAAGGCCCUCCUGGAGGUUUUGAAGGCCCAGUGAGGUAUCCUUCUGGGAUGGUAAAUUAUGAGGGACCAAGGAGACUUGAAGGGCCAGGCAAUCAGUCGAACAUGAUACGCUUUGACAAUCCAGUACAACCAGCACCAAUGAGAUUUGAAGGACAACCCUCUGGCAUGCCAAGAUUCGAGUCUGCACCACAGGGUCCUCCACGAUACCAUGGACCUCCAAACAUGCAAAAUUCAUUCAGACCACAAGGGCAGAUGAUGAUCGAUCAGCCUCAGAAUCCAGGUCCAAUGUUAAAUCCUGGUGUCCCACCCCACAGUUUUAACAUGGGAGCACCUAAUGCAUUUGAUGGUCAACCACUGCCGUUUCACAUACAGCAAAACAUCUCACAGGCAUCCACCUUUAAUGUGCCAGAACCUACACCUUCAGGAUUUCAGAAUUCAUACAGGCCUGUUGCUCCAUUUCCUGGGGCUGCUCCUGCAAACCACCUUCAGCCUAUGCCUGUUAUGCCUGCUCCAGUUCAGAACUUUGCACCACCAAACCCAGCGCCUUUCAACCCACCAGGGUCCCAAUUUGUACAGCCUGAGAGUCAUCUAGGCCAAAUGGAUGUUAAUGAUCUGAUGGCUAAACUGAUAGAUUUUGGAAUAAUCAAACCAACACAAACGGACUCAAGCAGUGAAUCUGCAUCUGUGACUCCAUCUCAGAGUGCACCAGAAGAAGAGGAACCAGAGGAGGAGGAGGAGGAGGAGCAGGAUGACGAUGAUGUCCUUCCUGAUUUGACCGGCUUUAUUGUAGACGAUAUGAAACAGAGACAUGAAAGUGUCAUCACCAAAUUGUACACUGGAAUCCAGUGUUACUCCUGUGGGAUGCGCUUUACUGCAUCUCAGACUGAUAUUUAUGCUGAUCACUUGGAUUGGCACUACAGACAAAACCGCUCAGAGAAGGACAUCAGUAGGAAAAUCACGCACCGGCGGUGGUACUACAGUCUCACGGACUGGAUUGAAUUUGAAGAAAUCGCUGAUCUUGAAGAGAGGGCAAAGAGCCAGUUCUUUGAAAAAGUGCAUGAAGAGGUUGUGCAGAAAAACCAAGAAGCAGCCAAAGAGAGAGAAUUCCAGAGUGUGAAGGCUGCUGCAGAUGUUGUUCAUGAAUCUUGUGAGAUUUGCCAAGAGCAGUUUGAGAUGUACUGGGAAGAAGAUGAGGAGGAAUGGCACCUGAAGAACGCCAUCAGAGUUGAUGAAAAGACGUACCAUCCCUUGUGUUAUGAAGACUACACAAAAACAUCUUCCUUUGUGGAUUCCACUCCAUCCCCCAAUAAGAUGCUCACAGAAAACCCUUUAAAUGCUUUCUUAAAACAAGAGAGAGAAGGUGAGGGGUCUUGCUCCAGUAUUAAAGAAGAGCCAGCUGAGGGAGACACAGAGGCCGUAACGGUAAAACAGGAGGUUCAGAAUGAGUCAGAAGGAGGGUCUCAAAUGAUUAGUGCAAUUCCAUUUUAAACCGUGCUGCUGCUUUAAGACCUCCUUCUCUCGUGGUUACUUGAGUUGAGUUUCUGUAGGACUAUUUUUAUACAGGACGGCUCUGAGGCAGGGUCCUCAGCAAUGCAUACGUUUAAAUACAUUUUUGUAUUUGUAACUACCUGCAAAUGUCAGGUGUUUUUUUUGCUGUGUGAAUACCAAGUGAAAUGUACUAUAAGUUGUAUGUUGGGGGGGGAAAUGCAUCUAUAAUUUAAUUUAUAAAUAAAGAAAUAUUUUUGGUAUUCUUUGUGUAAUAUUGAGAAUCUAAAACUUUUGGGUUUAAAUCCUCCAAGAGUUCUUUUUUUUUUCCCCCUUCCCCCUGAUUAGACAUUUGUACAGAUAUUUUGAGAGACGAACAGCAAUGACUGACUACUUUUACAGACGACGUGACGACGGGUCUAUAAUGCCCCGUUUCAGUCGUUACAAAUUCCUACAAGGCAGAGGGUUUCAGUUACUAAGAUUUAAAGAUGGAUCCAUUUUUUUCUCCCCUCCUCAGCCUAAAUGUGUAAAUAAAUACGUGUCAAACCCAUUGAGUUUACUAAUGUUUUUGGUUCUGGUUAAUAAAAUGUAUUUAGUUUAAAAAGGAAAAAAAUAAAUAAUUUGCAGAGAUUUAAAGAGGUUUGCUUGACAUACUGAAUUCAAUAAAGUGAAUCAUCAUAAAAAAAAUAGUGUCUGUGUGUGCAAAGUGUUUACUUGUGUGCUUUUUGAAGUACUUAUCUUAAAUAAAUAAAUAGUGUUAAUGA